UCAAAAAACAAUAGAUAACCAAACCUUAAUUACCAACACCUGGUCAAACUCUCAAACCAAUACCAGAUCUACCACCACUUCAUUAUUAUCAUCAUCGCCGUCGCCGUCUAGAUCAGUAAUAGCUGCCGAUAUGCUCCAACGAAUGGAAUCCUUCCGGAUUCUAGAGAAGGAAUUACCCAAAAGCAAUUCCGGCGAUAUAAAAAUCACCUGGAUCCGUUCCCAAAUCAUCGGCUCCGAUGAAGAAUUCGAAUCCCCCUUUGGGACUCGCUUGCUAACAUAUGCUGAUCACACAGCCUCAGGCCGCAGCCUUAGUUACACCGAGAAUUACAUCGCCAACAACGUUCUCCCUUUCUACGGUAAUAGUCACACCAGCGACAGCUACGUUGGUCAACGAACAACAAAGACGGUUCACGAGGCAACCCAGUAUGUAAAACGUUGUCUAGGCGGGACAGACAACGACGCCCUAAUAUUCUGCGGGUCCGGAACAACUGCUGCGAUCAAACGGUUACAAGAGGUGAUGGCGAUUGCCAUCCCUUCACCAUGGAGAGAGAUGGUGAUCAAGGCGAUGAACCCUCAAGAGAGAUGGGUGGUGUUCGUAGGACCAUACGAACAUCACUCGAACCUUCUCUCAUGGAGACAGAGUUUGGCUGAGGUUAUUGAGAUCGGGCUCGAUAAAGAUGGUCUGGUUGAUGUUAAAUCUCUUAGGGCUAAACUUGGGGUUUAUCAAAAGACGAAUAGGCCCAUGCUUGGUUCGUUUUCGGCUUGUAGCAACGUAACCGGGAUUUACUCGGACACACGAGCCCUAGCCCGACUUCUUCACCAGUUCGGUGCAUUUGCUUGCUUUGACUUUGCCGCAAGUGGACCGUACGUAGAGAUAGACAUGAGAUCGGGGGAGAUAGACGGAUACGACGCCGUAUUCUUGAGCCCACAUAAGUUCAUCGGAGGGCCAGAUUCGCCGGGGAUAUUGUUGAUGAGCAAAGCACUCUACCAACUAAGAAACUCGCCGCCGUCAACUUGCGGCGGCGGCACCGUCGACUUUGUCAAUCCCUUCAGCGAGAAGGAUACACUAUACUCGGAGAACAUUGAAGAAAGAGAAGACGCGGGAACACCUCCGAUAAUACAAAAGGUUAGAGCGGCGUUAGCCUUUAGGGUGAAAGAAUACAUAGGCUAUAGCAACAUUGAGCAAAAGGAGCAUCAUUACAUACAAAGAGCCUUCGAGAGGCUUCUUCCUAACCAAAACAUAAGCAUUAUAGGCAACACCACGGCUAAGAGGCAAGCCAUUCUUUCCUUCCUAGUCUACACAACUUCCCACUCCGAUGGAAAUGGCCUCAACAUGUGGAGUGAAACCGGGAACAUUAAGGAUAAGCCUCUCCACGGCCCGUUUGUCGCCAAGCUCUUAAACGACCUCUUUGGCAUUCAAUCUCGUGGCGGUUGUGCUUGUGCCGGUCCUUAUGGUCAUAGCCUGCUUGGCGUCGACGAGCCCAAGUCUCUCGCUUUCAGAGCCGUCAUUCAAAAGGGAUACAUAGGAGUGAAACCGGGAUGGACAAGAAUAAGUUUUCCUUACUACAUGUCGAAUGAAGAGUUCGAGUUCAUCUUAGCCGCGGUUGAGUUCAUAGCAGUUUACGGGCAGAGGUUUCUUCACAUGUACCACUUCAAUUGGAAAACAGGUGCCUGGUCCAUAAAAAAGAAGGUGUUAAGAGAAAGUUUGCUCACGCAUCACAGCUGUUGUAAGAUGUGCAGCUUGUCCACAGCCAACAUGGCCGUGGCAAUGGGGAAUGAUAGGAAAGAACAAGGCCAGAGCGAUGAAGAAUCGUCGGGAGUGAUAAGGAAAUACUCGUCGUACCUUAAAUCUGCAAAACAUAUUGCAAGUCUCCUCCCAAAGUUCCCACAUAAGAGGAAUAUUCCAGAAGACAUUGAACCGAGCUUGGUGCCUUUCCGGGUCUAGUUCAUAUAUACACAUGAGAUUUAAAUUCCAUUCAUUUGUUUAUUAUUUAAUGACAUAUAUUAUACUCACACACACACAAGAUAUACAAUAGAUAAAAGGAAUAGAAAAAUAUAUA